CAUCAGGUUCGUGGAUGUAAUAAGCAACCGGGACAGAGGAGAAAAGUGUUUUUGUGGCAAUAAUAAUGGCAAAGACUUACGAUUAUCUGUUUAAAUUGUUACUGAUUGGGGAUUCGGGCGUGGGAAAGACCUGUGUAUUGUUCAGAUUUUCCGAAGAUGCGUUCAACACAACGUUUAUUUCCACCAUAGGUAUUGAUUUUAAAAUAAGGACGAUAGAUUUAGACGGUAAAAAAAUUAAGUUACAAAUAUGGGACACAGCGGGCCAAGAGAGGUUCAGAACUAUUACCACAGCAUAUUAUCGGGGUGCGAUGGGUAUUAUGCUCGUGUACGACAUUACAAAUGAGAAGAGCUUCGAGAACAUUAAAAACUGGAUUAGAAAUAUUGAGGAAAACGCAUCAGCGGAUGUGGAGAAAAUGUUGUUGGGUAAUAAAUGCGAAUUGGAGGAAAAACGACAGGUUUCCAAGGAGAGGGGCGAACAACUGGCUAUUGAAUAUGGCAUCAAGUUUAUAGAAACUAGUGCAAAAGCUAGUAUUAGAGUAGAAGAAGCUUUCUUCACUUUAGCUAGAGAUAUUAAGGCCAAAAUGGAAAAGAAACUGGAGGCGAGUAAUCCACCAAAAGGAGGCCACCAGCUAAGAGCUUCGGAACCGGCAAAGAAACCAACAAGUUGGCUGUCAAGGUGCAGCAUACUCUGACCAACUGCUUACAAGGCCGAUCAAAUAACACCCUUACUUAUUUGUCACAUCAUUUUCGGACAGCUUUACAAUAUCGUAGUAAAAGUCGGUGUGUGAUCGAUGCUUUGUGAUGUGAGCUAUCCAGCAAAUGACAAUCUACUUUCUGAUUUAAAAUGAUUUUACAUUUAUAUUAUUAUUUAUUAUUAACGGCCUAGUUUGUCUCAAAUUGGGGUUGGUAUUAAAAAUAUGUCAAUUACAUAUGGCCUAUAAGUCUAGUUACUCUAAUUACAAACAAAAGUUAUUAGUUCUAAGUUAAAAAUUAAUUUUAAGGAACAAAAUUUUCCCUAUCCUAGUCUGUUAUAAAAGUUCAGUAAGAAAACCAAUUUUGAGACUUUUACAACUUAGUUAUAAUCACCAACGAAUAAUUGAACAUGGUAGAUUGUCAUUUGAUAAAAUCUAUGAUAAUUUAAAUUGUGAUUAAGGAAGGAUACAUUAUUUUUUACCGUUGUAAUUUAGAUAAUUUAUAGGUUAUUUAUAUAAUUUGUGUGCACAUUCUUGUUUUUGUUAGUGAUGGUACUUUAUAGUAAUCGAAAAAGUGAAAGAUUUUGUGUAAACCGCCUGAGUUGUUAAAGAACAAUUUGUGUAUAUACUUUUAAGAAAAAUAUUAAUGUGACAUAUUAAUUUUUUUAUCAAGUUAUUGUAAAUUUACGUUGUAUUUGUAAUUCCCAUAGGGCGCAGAAUAUAAUAAUGACCUGACUAAUGGAAUCCUGACUGCUUACACAUUUUAUUUAUUUAAUUGAAUAUGUAAGUCGAAAAUACUAAAUAGAUUUUAUACAUUUAUAUGUAAAUGAACUCACAAACAAAACUGUUUAUAGAUGCCCUUUUCAGUUCAGUACACCUGUAAAUGUAAAUAAAUUAUAUAUAAAACUCAA